AUGUUCAACUUCAACUUCUUCAAGUCUGCCCCUGCGGCUGAAACUGCCAACGAGAACGGCUGGAACUCCAAUACGGUUGCUAUGCAGCAGCCCUCCAGCCCUGCCGCUCCUUCGGCGAGCCAGAUUGUCUCCGAGCAACCGGCUGGUCAGGAGCAGAUGCAGCUGCGCGGUGGUGGUGGCGGCGGCUUGUGCUGCGGAAUUUGCGCCGGUCUUGCCUGCUUCGAGUGCUGCGAGAUUUGCUGCUAG